AUGCGCUCCCAGAUACUGCGCGGCCUGGCCACAGCCGCAGCUGCCUCCCCAUCACGAUCGAUCCACAUCCAAUCCUCCGCAUUAUGGGCAUCCCGAUUAACAUGCAGCCAGAACUCGAAAAAUCCCUCACAACCAGCUCUAUCCCGACCGUUCUCCCACUCAACCCCCGUCUCGUCAUCCCCAUUCCGCCUCUCCUCGAAACCACCCGACUCCGACCACGCAAUCCCCCCCGAACCACCCCUCGACGGCGAACCGGCCGCCUACUACAGCCCCUACAAGCCGAAGCGCCAAUGGCCCCCGGAUAUGUCCAAGCUCUCCCCGAAACACCAGUUUCGGCUCGAGCGCAAGUACCGACGGCGCGCGGCGCUCAAGUUCGCUCGGCCUAAAUGGACCAAGGCGACCAAGUUGAUUCAGUGGGGAGUAAUCGGAUUUGUUUUGGUAUAUGCUUUGCUCUUCAUGGAGUGGGAUGAGAGGGGAAGUCCGUUCGAUGAGAUUCGACGGGCGUUCUUUUCCGGCGUCAAAGAUACAUUCUCAACUCCGCCGCCGCCCCGCCCUGUCAGGAGAGCUGACAAUACUGCUCAGGACUAG